UAACUAUGCUCCGCCGGAGCAUUAUAUCUUAGCAGGCCUCUUCCAUAACAGCGGAGUCGAGAACAUCCGGAAGGCUGCCGGCUUCGAGCGAGAAAAGAAAACCAUGGCGAACCUUCAUCUCUGGGUCGUUUUCGCCGCCUCUUUAAUCCUGCUUGUUGUUUCCGCGAAGAAAUCCGGCGAUGUAACGGAGCUCCAGAUCGGUGUGAAAUACAAGCCGGAGUCAUGCAGCAUCCAAGCUCACAAAGGUGACAGCAUUAAAGUACACUAUCGUGGGACUCUCACUGAUGGAACAGUAUUUGAUUCCAGCUUUGAAAGAGGCGACCCAAUUGAAUUCGAACUAGGUAGUGGCCAAGUGAUCAAAGGGUGGGACCAAGGUCUUCUGGGGAUGUGCGUGGGUGAAAAACGGAAGCUAAAGAUACCUGCAAAACUUGGCUAUGGAGCUCAAGGAUCCCCUCCGACCAUCCCAGGUGGAGCGACACUUAUAUUCGACACAGAGCUUGUGGCCGUGAAUGGGAAGACAUUAGAUGGAGACAAAUCCGCAAAGGGCAAUAGUGAGCUAUAGUUCUGUAGGAGUAUGGCAUUUUGAUCUUCCAACUUUGGUUACCUUCCACCAAGAGGAGUGCACCCCUAAAUUAGAUGGACACAACUCAGUAUGACAGGAUAUAAAAAUUGUGGCAUUUCGGCAUAGGACCUAUGUAGCAGCAAUCUUUAUCUUUGAGAAAUGAUUUGUCAUAUGGUGCGAGAGGUUCAUUCUUCACCUUAUGCGGCACUUUGAUCUUCAAUAUGUCAGCUAGCAGACUUUGCUCACAUAAGUUUAGUCCAUGCAUGGGUUUCACAAGUA